AUGAACAGCUUUCAGUGUAAAAGGAAAUCAUCUUCGGUUGGUGAUGACGAGGUUUUCCUUCCCAGUGAUGAAAUCUGGACCUUCGACUUGGAAACAGGUGAAUGGGAGGUGUUUCACAUGACGGGUCAAGUCCCUCCCUCCAUGUCUGGAAGCUGCGGCUGCACGCUGAAUGGAAACUUGUACAUAUUUGGAGGAUGUGACGACAACGGACAGACUAAUCAGAUGUACUGCGUUGACCUGACAGACGGUAAAUACAUGUGGAAGAAAAUAUUGCAAGAGUUUGGCUCUGCUCCGUCACCUCGAGACAAGCUGUCCUGCUGGGUUUACAACGGACAGCUGAUCUACUUUGGAGGAUAUGGCCACAAAGUACUGAGCGAUAUAAACAGCAGGGACAGAAGCUUCAUCCUUGAUGAAACAUCUUGGGUGGAAGGUGUGUUUUGGGGCUGGAAUAAUGAAGUUCAUAUAUUUGACCCCUUUCAAGUCAGUUGGAGUGAACCACAAACUCACGGUCGUCCUCCUGCUCCAAGGGCAGCACACGCCGGCGCCACACUUGGAUGCAAAGGAUACAUUUGUGGAGGCAGAGUGAUGGAAACAAGGACGAGCGACAUUCACUGUCUGGACCUCCAGUCUUGGACGUGGUCAGAAAUAAGUCCAUUGUCUGCCGUUCCAGUGGGCAGAUCGUGGCAUACGCUCACAGCUGUGUCAGACACCACCAUGUUCCUGUUUGGUGGUCUCAGUGUAAACUGUAAACCAAUGAGUGAAGGCUGGUUGUUUGACACUGAAACAAAGAAGUGGAGAGAGUUGGAGCAUCCCUUUAAGCACAAGCCGAGGUUGUGGCACACAGCGUGUGCGAGCAAAGACUCGGAUGUGAUUGUGUUUGGUGGAAGUUGUGACUACAUCCUUCUCGUUGACACUGGUCACUGCAAUGAAGAACUUGUUUUCCAGACACAACCGUAUCCUCUGUUUAGGAUUUGUGAGGAUUACGUUGCAAAGAAUGUGAGAAACUCAGAGAUGCUCAGAAAUCAGCUUCCUCUUCUACCUCCCAAACUUCUGAAAGCUGUCCAGAGGCGAACAUGUUUCUACCGACCUUCAAAGAAGCAAAGCAUCAGUUGAACAUCUACAAUGAAACAAAGAAGUGCCAUAUUUUACUUUUCUAACCAGGGUUUAACCAUUUUAAUUUGUAAUAUACAC